AAGAAAGCAACAUCAUAUACUGAUGACGCAUAAAAGAGCCAAAACUGGAUCUCUCUUAACGAUUGUCCCUUCUAAGAAGGAUCUUAUCCCAGUCUACUGUGAAUCUAUAAUUCAAUUUGUAAACAUAUAUGUAUAAAUAGAACGUUGGUAUUCUGAAUCUAAUCUAUACACUAAUCUUUAGACUCAUCAUCACCUAAGACGCUCGAAUGGGCUCACAUGAAGAGCAGUGCUUACCAAUACUAGACUUCUCCCGCGAAAAACUAGUGCCAGGCACAAGUCACUGGAUCACGACAAGAGACAGCGUGCGAAGAGCCAUGGAGGAGCAGGGUUGGUUUGUGGCAGAGUUCAACGGCGUCUCACCAGACCUCAGGGAGGACUUGCUCUCCGGCAUGAAGGAUAUGUAUGAGCUGCCGUACGAGGUCAAGAUCAAAAACGAGAACCACAAGGCCUCCCAUGGCUACAUGUCUAUGGUCGUCGACGAUUACAGGAUCCACGAGAGUUUGGGGAUCGAUUAUGCAACACAUCCCCAACCUUGCAAAGACUUCUCUAAAUUACUUUGGCCGCAAGGAAACGAUCCCUUCUGCCAGACGACACAUAGGUACGCAGAGGCAUUAGCGCAGCUAGACCAGACAGUGAUGAGGAUGCUGUACGAGAGCUAUGGAAUGGACGAGAAGAAGCACUCGGCGAGCCAUUCCGAGUCAACUCGGUACCUGUUGAGGAUGCUGAGUUACAGGAGACAGAGAAACGGUGAAGCAAACACGGGUUUCGUGUCGCAUACUGAUAAGAGCUUCAUGAGUAUCCUCCACCAGAACCACGUCCUAGGUCUCCAGCUCAAAACCAUGACCGAUCAGUGGGUCGGGUUUAACCCGUCUCCGACAAGAUUCGUCGUUCUUUCCGGCAUGGGUCUCACGGCGUGGAGUAACGAUAGGAUAAAGCCGUGUUACCACAGGGUGGUGAUGAGCGCAGAUGAAGUUAGAUACUCUUUAGGUUUUUUCUCCUUCCACAAAGGGACCAUCCGUACGCCGGAGGAGCUCGUCGAUGACCAACAUCCCCUUCGUUACUACCCUUUCGAGCACGACGGUCUCCUCCGCUUCUACGAGUCUUACAUCAACUCCAUGAAGAAAUCCAGCGAAGAUCUUCUCCAGUUAUACUGCGGAGUCAAGUCAACCCCUCCGCUCGGUGAUCAUUCUUUGCCACCGCAAUAAAUGUAUCCACACUCUAACGUGUGCAAGUUUAUUAUCAGUGUGUUGAGAAAAAUGAUAAUAAUGUAUUAUACUAAAUGCAAAUUUGAUUCGCAA